GACUCAGGCCAAACGGCAAAAUUGGAGGGGAAAACCCACUAACAGUCAUCAAGAGGACGCUCACUCCUCUGAGUGUAGGAAGCUGUACUGUCAGUUCUUUUUCUGACGGGCUUUUCCAGCCAUUUUGUUCUCCUUUGCUGUGGGGACUCUCUAGUCCACGUUACCAUGUCGAGACGAUGUCGAAGCUAAUUUCAGCCUCAUAGUCGGUCGUUGAGGUAUUGAAAAGACCGACACCUUAUCGCAGAGUGUUAGCAAUCCGUCAACACCGUGAUGUUUCGUCGCAUAGCGGAUUAAUAAGGUUGUAGGCUUAAGAUUUUUGAUCAGGGUUCCAACCGAACCUCCCACGGCAUCAUUGACGGAUCGCCCCGUCACAUUUGCAGCCUUCCCGAAACACUAACGGUUCAUCCCUUUGCACAGUUCCAAGUCGUCUCACACAGGUACUAAGUAGAGACCGUCCAGUCCUGCUCUGUGAGCCACGCGGCACAAAGAUGAGACCUUACGGCGGAGUUCUAUACCUGGUCCUGGCGCUAACCUUGGCCAGUGCCGCGCCUGGCCACCCGCUAGCGAGACGGUCCGUGAUCGAGACGGUCUACAUCGAUGAGAGUCCGGGGUACGGGCGGGAGGGGUCGGGCCUGGACCCCGACACAGACGUCUUCAUCGGCCGGCCCGACACAGGGCACGAGACGGGACCGGCAGUCGGGAACGGCAUGGCGGGGUUAUCACCCGGACAACAGUGCCGUGAGAGGUGGGGCCGUGCCUUGAUGGAGUGUUUCCAUGACUACCGCCGCGCCAUGAAUGACCUUGGCGAGCUGCUCCUGUCCGCCGCAGGACAGACGCUCUUCUGCGGUGUCCAGAUGGAGCUGUACCAGUGUUACCAGACGGUACUGGAUCAGCCGUUCUGUGCGCAGGACAACGAGAUCGACUCGCGCCGGACAAAAAUACAGACGGACAUGCGCGUCAUCCGCCAAAAGUGCAACGACUUCCGGUAG